GGCAUAAAAGAAAUGACGUUAUCAUUUUAUACUGAAAUCACUCCUCAAAAAAAUAAGUGGCAGUCACACUGUAGUGCUUUGUGGUGUUCCAGAGUGGUAACAUCAAAUACAGGACCACUGUAAGUGCUCUUCUACUUGCCAUUGAGACUGACAAUAGGACACAAGGUGGACUGUAUAGGUUUGAACCUAUUUUUAAUUUAAUUUUUUAUGCAAUAGUACUCUUCUCACAUUAAACUUUUUUGAACUAUACAUCCUAUUCCAACCAGAUUUGGCAGAGGUCAAAGGAUAUGUUCACACAAAAUCAGUGGUCAAAAUAUGACAAUGACUCUGUGACUCCCAAAAUAUUAUCACCCUGCAAUGUAGUUUAAGUAAUUAUGUAGCUUAGCAUUUCUUCAAAAAUGAAGCAUCAUUAAAAAACAGACCAAGGCUCAAAAAUGUGUGAAAACUCCUAAAAUUAAUUUAAAUCCUGUUUUAUGUUUCUUUAUUAUAAUCAAUAAAUUUCAGUUAUGUAAUUAUCCAAGAAUGCACAGGCUGUUAAGGGAAAACAGAUGUGCUCCCAAAGUUCAGUUUUGUAGAAAUCCAUAUAAACACUAGGGAGGCAUGCAUACAAGAAAUAAUUAUACAUAUUAUCAUAUAUUUCAAAAAUAAUGAUCACACAUGGAGCAACAGCAUCCAUGCCGCUGCAAAAACAGUUGAAAGUAUAACGGCAGAAGACAUGUAACAAAGAUUUUUAAAAGCCAUUUCAGUGCAAUAGACAAAUGGCAGAAUGUAGGGAUUUAAGACUACUUUCUGUCAUCUAACAGAGAGAGAAGCAUAAUUUUCCUUUAUUUUGCCUGCAUUUCUUCCUCAUCAAUUGACAGCAACUGUAUUUUUGACAGUCCCAUAAGUAACUUGCUAAAGAAAAAAUAGCAAAAACUUUUCCAGAAAGUCAAUUCUACAAGAAGCAGUAGUGUACUUUCUAGAAAGUGUACUUUCUAGAAGUGUACUUUCUAGUAGUAGCAGUAGUUCAUAUUUCUUUUAUUUUUCUUUUUAAAUAAUGGUUUUAAUUUUGCUUGCUUUUGUGAGGACAAAUUUCAUUGAGUAUUUUUAAAUGCUAAUUUUUUUAUUCUCUCACUUAGUCUUAAAAACAACCAUCUUGUACUCUGAAAUACAGAAACUGGUGUAACACCAAAGCAGUCCAGAGUGUAUUACUGUGAAAAACAGAUGUUGAAUAAAAAAUAGGCCAAAUAUUUUAUCUAUAAAAAAGAGAAUGUGUGAGUGUGUGAAUGGCAUCAAAUAUGGGCUUAGGAGGAGGAAAAUGCAAUAAACACAGAGAACAUCCGCAUCAUAAAAGGUAGAAGCUAGUGUAGAAACAAUCCUACGGAAGCUUAAAUUCUGCAUUGAUGCAACCAGUUCUAAAGUGGACUUGCUUUAAAAAAAAAACAACCAAACAACAGACUUGAUUGAAAAGUUGUCACUGUGCCAUGCAAAUCAGACUUUACAGAUCUCCAUCCUGUUCAGUCAAAGAGAUAAGUCACUGACAAGAGAAAACAAGGAACUAAGCUUUGUAUUCAUAAUGGAAGUUGAUGUGGCUGGAGAGUCCAGAACUGCCCUCUCCACCCUCUCUGUGCCCCUUGCAGAGGUGAGUUCUGCUGCCAGGAUGGAAGGAGAAAAGCCACGCUGUUCCAGCACCCCUUGCUCACCAUUGAGGCAGGCAGUUGCAGGAUAUCAAGUCCUUCACAUGGAUUCUAACUACCUGGUUGGCUUCACAACUGGAAAGGAGCUGCUAAAAUUAUCCCAUAAGUGUAUUGGAAAUGAAGAGAAUAAAAGAGAUUCUUGUCCUAACUUGGUCUCCAAACAUCUUGAUUCAGGAUUUUCACGUUCCUUGCAUUUGUACAAAACUAGAAGUAGGUACUACCAGCCAUAUGAGAUCCCAGCAGUAAAUGGAAGGAGGAGGACACGGAUGCCCAGCUCAGGGGAUAAAUACAAUAAAGCUUUACCAUAUGAACCUUUCAAGGCACUUCAUGGUCCCCUGUCUUUCUGCGUUUUGAAAGGUAAAAGAGCUAAUUCAAAAUCCCUAGACUACCUCAAUUUAGACAAAAUGAGCAUUAAGGAACCUGCUGACACAGAAGUGCUACAAUACCAGCUCCAACACCUUACUCUUAGAGGGGAUCGUAUGUUUGCAAGGAAUAGCACAUGAGCUAUCAUCUCAAAUUUAGAAAUGGUUUCUGAUCUUUUGUUUGUUGCUGCAGAAAUCCACUGUUGUACUGUAUACAUAACUGUCCACAUUGUAGGUAGUUUUAUCAGCUCAGUGUUACCAGGAAGUAAUUUAUUUGAAUAGUCUUGGCAAUGCAGUGUUCUACAAAUACUUGGAGAGAGAAAUCUUUUCUGAUCAAGCAGCUUCUGAUGCAGAUUUGACUGAACUACUGGGUAUUUCUUUGGAUACAUUUUAACAAAAUAAAAAGCUUUUGAUUUUUGGGAUUUUUUUUCUGUACUGCAACAUCUAGUGUUUACAGCAAUUCAACACUGAAAAAUUUAUGAUGUCUGCUUGGUUGUUGCUAAUUUUGGCUUGAUAUUAGAAACUGCUCUUGGAUAAGUACCCAAGGAGGUUUUUUGGGUUUACUUUUUGUUUCUCUAGUAAAAUGUAUGUGUUUUUCUUACAGCAUGGAUAGGAAAGUGAGCUUGACUGGAUGAAUCACUUGCUAUUUAAACAAUCCAGUUCAUACAUUUUGAGACUGCGCUUGUACUGGUGAUGUGGGUGAGAUUUGUUCGUAAAAGAAACAUUUGCUACUUGAAUCUUAUUAAAUUAUUUUUUUAGUUUCUGCAUUGAAGUAAUUGCUUUGUCCUUUUUAUUCUAUAAAACGUGUUCAGAAUAAAUCUUUGAGUUAUUUAAAGCAAAUCUUUCAGGAGGUUGUGGUUUGUUUUUUUUUUUGCUUGGGUUUUUUUGGGUUUCUGGGGUUUUUUUGUUAGAUUUUGUUUUUAAAUUGUCUAGAGACAGAAAAUGGAAUGUCUGUACUGGUAUAUUGGUAAUGGUUUUGAUUUUAAUUUGUGAUUUUAAUUUCAUCUGUAGUAGAAGAAGGUAUCAACUUCAGCAUUGCUUUGGAAAUUUUGUUGACUUGAAGCACUGAACAUGAGCUCUGGGGAGCAGAUAUUUUUCUUGACAAGGGUGCAAGUGAAAUAUUUCUUGUCUGCGUUGAAGAGAUGAUCUUGAAUUUUGCAGCGAGAUAAUGCACUGGGUUACUUUUGUUAAUAAAUUUGUAUCCAAAUAUGACAUCAAAUGCCACCCUAAUUUUACUUCGGUUUAAAAAUGAAAAAUAGUUUUCAUACUCUUUAUUUUUUUAGGUGCAGUCUUGUACUGAAGCAGUGCAUAACUUGAUUUUGCCUCAUGACCUUGGAAGAAGUUAAAAAUAAUUUCAUAUUGCUUUGAAACAUAAAUUAUUUGAUCAGUUGUUUCUGAUAGAGUCAAGAUUUUUGUUUGUUUGUUGUUUAUUACUCAGAAGUACUAGAAAGCACUAGUUAGUGCAUGAGCUCUGGGAAAUGAAGAGUUCUUACGCUGUCACUCCACAGUUUAAAUGAAGGCAGCCCACUAGUGAGCAUUUUGUAGUUUGGGGUUUUUUUAGGUUUAUUAGAAAAUUAAAAAAAAAACACCAAUGUGUAUUUUUCAAAGUUAACUACACUGGUGUAAAUUUAAUGUAUUGAACAAUGAUCUUGAAAGUAAAGUCUUCCUAUUAGUCUUUAGGUUGGAAAAGACAAUAUGGUCAGAUGCCAAAGAGAUAGUAGCAUUUUAUUCCUUAAAUAAACUCCCUAUUUAUUGAAAUAUCAAAUUAAUUUGUAUUUCUGGCUGAAAAAUAAAAAGGGUAUUAUAAA